CAAAUGGGAAUGGAGGGUGAGGAUGUGAGCACCAUUCUGCUUCCUGCGAAUCGAAUAGGAGAUCACCUUGCAGUGGAUCACAUCGGGGACAAUAGAAAUGAGUCUCAAAUCAAAAGCCCUCGCAUCAAGCUCAAAUAUCAAGGCAUAUCCCGAAAUCAAUAUCAGAUCCAGAAAAUGGAAAAUCGAGAGAAAACAAUUCAGGUGGUUCGGAUGUUGGUUGCCAUUGUGGUGGUGUUUGUCGUUUGUUGGACCCCAUUAUUAAUCAUUCACAUUCUCCAAUCCUUGGAUGUCAUCAAGCUCCAGAUACAGGGUUGGGCCAAACACGGGAAAACCGUGUCCAGUCUCAUGGCCUACUUGAACAGCGCUCUCAACCCGAUCAUUUAUGGGUUCAUGAGUCACAACUUUCGAGAGAGCUUCAAAAAAGCCAUGGCUUCGCUCUUUCAUCCCGUUACCAAGCGGAUUCGACGUGGCUCCCGGACUCCCGAUGGGCAUGGCCAUCACAAUGAGAGUAAACAGACGUCUCCUUUGGGAUUGAGAGUGAAACAAAAUCAAAAGAGACAGCCUUCUACUAGUUCGAGCUUAAGGACCAACUUGACCACGUGCUCGUCUGACAAGAUAUCACAGCGCAUGAACUUGCGUACUUAAGUGCAUGUUUGUUUCUCAACUGGACUGGAUUCGAAAUGUUAAUUGGUCCCCCACCUCCAACCUCACCGAUGUGUCCAGCUCAAAUGUUGUCCGACGAAGCCAUUAACAACCUGGAUCCACACAACGUGACAUCCUUGUCCCCAAUCAUUCGGAAUUCACUGAACAUCGGUUGCUCAGUUCAAACAUUUCAACUGAACUGCACUUGCCCGUGUUUCUCUCGGGUGAUUUACCACUUGUCAUUUACACAACAACCGAACUCUAAACUCGCCACUUUGAUACCUAAUGAAACGGAACUGCUUCAAAGGGGUACCUAAUCAUCAAAAGUAUUUGAACUUUAUGAAAUUGAUAUUUGAAUCCCUUUCUAUUAACAGUGACAAAUCCAAGCUUGCUACAUGUGUGAAAAUCUUUUCGAGGAAAUUGAUCAACUUCAAACACCCCACCAGUUACGGGUACGCGGCCAGUGUUAGGCAUGUAUACAAAUGAAACGGUUCAUCUUCUUGGAUUCAUAAAAGAUUUUGACGUUUAUUUUAGAUGCUCGGUCAUCCAGGCAUUUCUCCCUUUUCCACUGAGAAUACUCGGUUUCAAGAAGUUGAUGUCCCCUUAGAAACUUGCUAACAAAUCAUAUAUUUAAAAAAACGUAAUUCAUAAAACAAACUUGUAUAUGAAGCAAUCAUGUCACCAACACUAUGCAUCAAGACAAAGUUGUUUGUCAUUUCCACUCAAAUACAUCGGUGUUACAGUGCAAUUUUAUUCAGAACGUCCAAUGUUAUCUUAAUGUGAUGGAAAAUAAUAAAUUUGUAUGUUCAAAACCAUUGAUA